AUCAAAGUAUAAAUAUAACUGCAUAUAGUAUGCAGCUUUCCCCACUUUUUAAAGAUAUCCCCAUAAUACAAAAUACCAACAAAACCCAAUCAACGCUCUAUUUCUUUUUAGAAUAUUGAAACGAACCAUACUGACAAAUCAUCCAAUGAAAACGUGACAUUAUGUGAACGUCCAAUCAGAAUUGAGCCCGCCAAGCGUCUUGCACCACUUCCCUUGGAGAGUCAGUUUCUGUUUGCAAGUAUCGGGUGACAGGAGUUUAUAGUUUGCAAGUAACUAAUAACAACGAUGUCAUCUCCCACACAGAGGAGGGCCAGUCCAAAGCUGAGUCCUCCAGCUGGGUCACGCAGUCCGAGUCGUGGAAGAAGCAGUUCUCGUAAAAAAAGGACCUCAUCACGAGGAAAAGCUUCAUCUAGAUCACGUAGUACUAACAGGAAGUCCAGUACUGACAGGAAACCAAGUACUGACAGGAAAUCGAGAGAAGCCAAAGAUGGCAAGAAACAAACAGCACCACAAGACAAACAUAAGAAAAUUUGUGAGACUUGUAAAACAGAAAAAAUGGAAUAUGGAGGUGUUUUUGGUGUAAUCUUCCUGAUUUUCUUCCUACCUUUCACUGUAUACUUCAUCAACCUUGCCUGUGGGAGACAAAGAUGCACACUGACAGCAAUGCCAAAGAUUCCUGGCUUUUGGUGUUUCUUUGAUCGACAAGCUGCAUUAAUCUUUUUUGGAUGGUUGGCAUUUCAAGUUAUUCUUUUUAUGCUUCCAAUUGGUCAUUACUAUUGUGGAAAACCACUGCGCUCAGGAGACAGACUGCCCUAUAGAUGUAAUGGGUUUCAUGCCUUAUUGAUCAGUAUGGCAGCAUUUGCAUUGGCAGUCCGCUUUGAUGUUCCACUGACCAUCGUUUACGACAAGUACUACCAAAUACUAACAACAGCCUUUCUGUUCUCUGUGUUCCUCAGCAUUGUAUUGUACAUCAGAUCAAGAUACGUUGACAAUGCCAGUCUUUCACCUGCUGGAAAUACAGGAAAUGUGAUUUAUGACUUCUUUGUGGGUCAUGAAUUAAAUCCUCGAAUUAACAACUUUGACCUGAAGUUUUUCUUUGAGAUGCGUCCAGGUUUGAUUGGAUGGGUUAUGAUUAAUUUCAUCUUUGUUCUGAAGGCGUACCAAGACACUGGUACAUACCCUGUGUCACUUUUGCUGGUUACAAUGUUCCAAACAAUAUAUGUUGCUGAUGCUUUCUUUUUUGAGAGUUCAGUGCUGACAACGAUGGAUAUUAUGUGUGAUGGCUUUGGAUACAUGUUAGCAUUUGGUGAUCUGGUGUGGGUACCUUUCUUGUACUGCCUACAGACUCGCUAUCUACUGGACCACCCCACAGAGUUAACCUGGUAUACAAUGUGUGGCAUUGCUGCGCUCAACUAUAUAGGAUAUUACAUCUUUAGAUCUUCCAACACUGAAAAGAAUCUGUUUCAAAAGAACCCAUAUGAUCCUAGACUUUCUCAUUAUGAGACGAUUCCAACAGCCUCUGGCAAGAAGCUGCUUGUGUCUGGUUGGUGGGGAAUGGUUAGAAAACCCAACUACCUGGGUGACCUGUGCAUGGCUCUGGCCUGGUCUUUGCCUUGUGGACUAAAUGCACUGACCUACUUCUAUCCAGUCUACUUCCUGAUCUUGUUAGUGCAUCGAGAGAGACGAGAUAGUAAGGAAUCCCAGAAGAAGUACGGGUCCAGUUGGGAUCGCUAUUGUCAACGUGUCAAAUACAGGAUCUUUCCUUGCUUUUAUUGAGUGUUCUUUUUAAAAUUGGGAACACUUUCCACAUAAAGUAAUAAAUCUGAGGUGCAGUAAUGCAUCUUGCCAAGUACUGUUACUGUGUCUCAGGGCUGCAGUGUGUUAAUAUUGCCAGAUAUGCUCAGGGUCUUUAACUGCAUCCAUUCUUUGAAUUGUCAUCCUCCAAACUUUGCAUCAUCAUUCACAUUCCUUUGUUUUGAGAUGAUGUAAUGGUUGACUUUGAUCACCAGUUUGUUAUGAAAACACUCGUUUAUUAAGAUAUUUUAAUCUAUUUUGUUUUGCUCAAAGAAAGUGUCUUUUUUCUCUUUUUUUUGCAUUAGCCAUUCAAUUGCUUCAAGGCUCUACAUUAACACUGAACAUUAACUUGUCUCAUAUAGCACAAGUUCCUCUUCCUUUUUAUUUUCUGUAUCUGAAAUGUGCUACUCUCACCCAUAUGUUUGUUAUUCCGGCAAUAUUUAUGUAAUUAGGCAGCAAAAAUCUAAUUGAUUAAAAUGUCACAACUUUGAAUUUAUGAAUAAAUAAUUGUUUUGUCGAUGUGUUGUAAUUUUAGUUCCCUUGUCUUGUCACACAACUUGACAUAACAAUUUACUUGUUCUGGGCAAGUAGACAAACGAUAAGUGUAGAGCCCAGUGUUUGCUAUCUUGUUUAUGAUAAAAUAAACUAACUUAGUAUUAUAUAACGACCUGCACUUUAUACUUGGACAUACUAUACAUUCGGAUCUCUAUUUCAAAAUGUUUUCAACUGAAUAAUGUUUGGCCUAAAAAUAUAACUGAAUUAUACAUCCAUCUCAUUUGGAAAUUUUAAUUUGUUUAAAGCACAAAAUGCUUCAUAUAUCAACUAUGAAUAUAUCAAAAAAUAUUUUAUUAACAAUUUGUACACAAUAGUUGACCUUUUGUUGCAUUUCCCAGACUUAAUUUGUUUGUUUAUGUUUGUGUUGUAAAUACAGUUAACUUUGUAGGAAAAUCCUGUAUAUACAUCAGAUUCUGCAGAUGAAGUUUGAUCAAAGAAAAAUUUCAUUAUAAAGUUCAGCAUAUUUAUUUUUGUUGCUAGCAUAUAGAAAUUGAUUUUUAUAUUCAUCAAUAUUUUCUUAUCGAAAUAAAAAUAUUAAUGAACAAGUAUUUAAACAUGGAGCUGAAAAAUAUCUUCACUAAAUCAUUAAUUUGUUAGUAGAAUGGUUUUAAUGAUUACAUUUUCCAAAAAAGAAAAACAGAUAUUUAAGUCCUUAUGUUAAUUGUGAAGUUACUGCUACUAUGUGUUACACUGUGUCUGCAAUAUAUAUUGUAUGGUAUGUCUGACGGUGUACCAUAUUAUUUAUAUUCCUAUAUUACAAACAUCUGUAGUUUGAUGACCAGUAAAUAUUUUUAAUUCAUUAAAUGUACUCCAAAAGCAUGGUUUAAGUGUCAUUUGCAACAUAAAAAUUGAAAGUUUAAUUGAUUAAUUAACAUGUUAUAAUAAAUUAACCAUAAAGUAAUUUUGACAUAUGAAAUAUUGCUUGUUUAAACGCCUUUUCCAAAGGAAUGAAAAUAAUUUGUAGAAUAAUUGUUUUGAUCUAUAAUAGUAUUUUGCAAAUAAGUACGUAAAACAAAGCUUUGUCUGAUGUAUUUCAGACUCUUUCUUCAAGUCUUAAACUUCCAAAUUUCAGAUCCAGUCUCGGUUUCAAAUAUGAAAAUGACCAUUUCUUCACACAUGUUUUGUAAAGGGUACAAUACAUUUGCUGCAAAAUAUUCCCGUCUGUUUGAUGUAAAUAUUAAAUGCAUCACUGUUACGUCAUGAUCAGAUAUCAUCUGAUCCUGUCAUCACUUAAUCAUAAGUGCACCAUUAAUAUCUUCUGCUAAUAAGGGAGUUUGACAAAUAUUUAAGGUGUCUUAAAGGAAAAAAUGCAGACGACUUGUAAAACAUACUAUGGCCCAAAACACAUAGUCUAGGUCUGGGUCUGACAAAACACAUAGUUUAGAUCUGGGUUUGACAAAUGCAAGUAUGGUACCAUUCGAAAUCAAAUAUGACAAAACACCAUGUCUGUGCUGGCACGAACUACAGAUCUGGUAAAACAAGCACUAUUUUGACAGUGGCAGAUGACCCAGACCCAGCUUUGAUGUGUUUUAGGCCUAGCAGAAACUCCCUCUAUUUCAAUGUCAUUUAUAUUUUUCGAUACUUACAACAAUGUAUAUUUUAUUAAUAAUUUUUAAAAUAUUGUUUUUAAUACUGAAAGAGAUGUAUUUAUAUUUUUACAUUGGUGUAAAUAUAUAAUGUAUAUAAAUAAACCAAAAAAAAGAGUUCGUUUUACCUCAUUGUAAGUUUUUGUUUUUUCAUUUUUAAAAUUCAUGUUUGUUCGGCUUUAUAUUUUUAUGGUAUACAGCACUGCACAUACACACUAGUGAAAUAUCAGUGUUCAUUAGUAAACAGUAGGGUUACAGUUAUGUACCUCAUUCAUUUUUCAAAUAGCCUCCUACUUUCAGAGAUAAUGAACAGCCUGAAAUGUAAUCUAGAAACUUGCAGUCAACUGGUGAAAUUUUAAAUUGAUCACCAACUAUCUUCUUUGGCCGUGAGCUGGGUAUAAAUUGUAGUAUGAAAAUGUAAACUAACUGAACAGGUAUUGAUAUUUAAUUGCAGUAGGAUAGUUUGACAUGCAUGUCAUUUAUAAACUGAACCAUUUGCUUUGUGUUAGACCAAAGUACCAGUAAUUAUGUUUUAAAACUGCCCAAAAAACAUAUACAUAUAUGAAGGGUCCACAGGAAUAGCCUAUGAUGUCUGACGCCAUAAAUAACCGUAAAUAAAUGUGUUGAGUGCGUUAAAUAAAACAUUUCUUUCCUUCCUGUUUUGAUAAUAUGACGUCUGGUUCACAGUGACUCUCAUUAUUUUCAUUUCAUUAUUUACUACUUUCUAUUUAGUCACCAAAUUUGACAUAUUAUAGUGGUACAAUAAUUAACUUGACCAAAAGUGAGAUGAAUAAGUAUAUCAUGUUGAAAGUUAGAAAGAGUGACUGAUUUUGACAUAAUGUCACUGAAAUAUACAUAGUGGCAUUUCCUAUUAAAUGCAAUUUAAAUGUUUAUUUCCUUGUAAAUGAGCAUGUUAUAUUACUGGAGUAAUUUGCAGUUCAAAAGUUCAUACUCUAGAGUAGAUAAUCGACUAAUAUGUCAAAGGUGGACAUCCUAGGUUCUUCCCAUGGACCCUUCAUACAAAAUAUAUAUAUAUAUAUAUAUAUAUAUAUUGCUGUCAAAAUAAUUUUUUUUACAAUAUUGCUGCUGUAUUGAUUCUAUUUGUAUUGCAUUUAUUAACAGCAAGUUGAGGAUCUGAUACAAUGUGGGAGACUAUCUCUCUUUUAUUAGUUUAUCACCAGACAUGUCAAAAUUGGUGUCAAACAAACAAUUUUGAAAUUCACCACAACACAUGUAGCCUUGUUAUUUAGCUCACAUGAUAUAUUUCUUAAGUAACUUUUGAUCUACCUGUAUAUUUUGAACAUACAGCCUAAAAAAUAAUGGACAGCUAUCAUCAACGUAAACAGUGCUAGUGCUAAAUUGGUAUUUAGAAUAUAGAGAAAAACCAUAUUUUUCUUAUUAAGCUGUACAGAUGUUUUGUAUAUAAUGUUAGUUUUAUACUGGGGUGCUAUUAAACAUUCAUUCAAGUACUAAACUCCAUGCAUAUUCUUUAGUUACAGAGAUUUGAAAUAAUAGUUUGGUUGUAUUCAUAAACACACACUUCAAUUGGUCAUUUAUCAUAUUUGUUUCUUAAACUGAAAUAUCUUUUGGGUUUAUUAAUGUCAUAAAAUAUUUAUAAUCCUUCCCAGCUUCAAUGAACAUUGUGUUUUGCAAAUAUUUUCAGUUUCAUUUGAUGGGGAAAAAAGAAAAGUAGAAGGUUUUUGGAAAUAGAAAUAAUUAAAAAUAUAUAUUUUUGUGUAAAAAACCCAAACGGUUCAGAAAUAAAUAGAUUGUAGUGCAUACCAUAGUCAGAAAACAACAUUAAUUUCUGGAAAGGACUAUAGGUAUUUUUUUCCUUUUGUUUCUUAGUCUCAAAUUAGAUUUAACACAAACGACCCACCCUGAUCUGACUUUCGUAUUGUUUGUUGAAAUAUCUUGUAUUUUUAUGCAGCAUUUUAGUUUUAAAUUAUUAUUUUUAUGUGAUUGUUGAUUGUAUAAGACUAAUAAUAUCCAUGACAUGAUUAGUGCUCGUAUAUUUAUUUUAUAGUUACAUAUAAUUAAUUUUCUCUCCAUUUUGAAUAUUUGAAAACUGGUCUAACAUUUCUUAUAAUCCUUUAUUACUGAUAUUUACAUUAGCUUUUAUUUGCAAGUUCAGUGUAUUUUAUUUUAAUGACAUGUUCAGUUCAUUAAUAGAAAUGCAGUGAGAAUUUAGAAAAUAAUUGUUGGUUUAUUAAUGUUGCAAGCACUGUCACAUAGAUUUAUUGAACAAACAUUUUAUGUCAUUAUCUCAGUUUUUAGUUGAAUGUGCACUACAUAUGCUUCAUUGUUUAAUAAGUUUUCUUCUCUUAAAAGUGUUGUUUUUAAUUCAUAACGUAUGCAAUUAAUAUUCUAUUUUGGUUUAAGAUGCUUCACGAAACACAAAGCUACGCAUCCUGAUCUAUUUAUUAAGACAGAUUAAUGGUUUAGAGUCAGAGAUAAUUUAGGCUGCCACAGGCAACUCUUUCUGAUUAACAGUUACGCUUAGCAGUAAGAUGUUUUUUAUAAGCUCUACCACACAACAAAAAAGUCACGAACCUCUGGUAUAUAUAAUAUGAUGCAAAUAUUCAUAAACAAUUUGGACAUGAUAUCACUGAUAUUUGUUAUUGUCAUCUGCAUCUUCUUCCAGUAUUUAAUUUGAUAAGAACUUUCUUGAUUAAAGGGUCCAUUUCUGAUUUUCCUCUGUAAAAAUAAGCAUUCUUUUUUCUCAUCUUCUCAGUCUCUUUUUAUAUUGGUCAGAAGUAAAUAUCUAACAGUUCUAAAUUUAUUUGAGAUCAUAUUUACUUACUAUUCCCACAGUGCAAAUUGUUAAUAGAAGAAAAUACAGUAACACUGUGUGCCACACUGUAAUCUUGUAAACUAGUAAAAAAUAUAUAAAAUAUUAUAUUAUUUCAAAUUAUCAAGUGUUUUGACAGAAUUGCUAGCUUCCAUUAAAAAACCAUAAAAACUACACAGUUGUUACUUCAUGUACAUACCUUGUAAAUAUGUUUACCAUUUUUCAAAAAAAACAAAAAAACAUGGAAAAUGUUAUUUUUGAAAUUGGGGUGGCAGGGUGGCAACUGUUUGUUUGGGGUGUUUAUGUGUAUUACAGAACAUACUUAGAGCAGAUUAUAUGAGAAUAAUUGUUUAAUGAUAUACAGUACUGAAUCUACGGACUACUCUAGAAAUAAUCACAUGGAUGCACAUGAAGUAUCUUUGAGUUGUGUGGCUGUUACAUAUGAAAAAUGCCAAAUUACUGAAACAGUUUUAUGGAUUGGUAUGUCCCCUUCCUGUGUGAUCAAUUCUAGAACAGCCAAAAAUUUUAAACAAAUUAGUUUAUGUUAUGUUUUGCUCUUUGUCUUAUUUUGUUGCAGAUACAUGAUGCACAGUAUGUGAGUUAGAUUCUAGACAAAAUUGAAAAUACUCAUUUGAAUCUAUAGGAAACGUACCACGGUUUUUUGUGUGUGUUUUCAAAAUUGUAUGCCGUUCACAGUAUUUAGGAAAUGGAAACAGUUUACAUAAAAGAAUAUUACCACUGAGGUAUGUUUUAACUCUUAAUUUGACAAAAUAGUACUACUGAAGUCCGAUUUCAGCUGCAUAAUGAAUCUGAUCCUCUUGCAUUUUGAUAUGCUAUCAGAAUAAUAUUAAUAAUAAAGGAAGAAAGCAAAACAGUUUAAUCUACUCAUACUAAUCUUUCGGUGGUGAAACAGCACAAGCUUAGGAGGAAAUCUGUAGGGCAUUAUGCUAAUUUUUUUCUUGACAAUAGAAUUCACUGACAAUUGUACCCAAGUUUAUUGAGAUAUUGUGUUUGAUGUUUACAUUUGCUUAAAUUACUCAAGUUGACAAAAAUAAUUGGAAGUUGUUUUACAAGAACAUUUUCAGGGGGGAAACCUGCAGAAGUUUACUGUGUAUAGAAAGUAGAAACCCUAAUAAAUAAACCCUCAAAAAAUGAAGUAGAGCAACCACAGCUUGAUCAAAUAUUAAAAAUAUUUAUCCUGCAACCACUGUUUCUUUUGACCGAUUAAAGCAAAGUCAUAAACGUAUGCUAGCAGAUUAUGACUUAUGAGGACAUAUACAUAGCUACAUCACAAAAUUGCUCAUUUGACCUCUAGGUCAUCGUAAAAUGUGGCUGAAAUAACAGAAAUAAUAGCUUUUCCCCCUUAAUUUUUAUUGUCUACAGGAUAAAGAUAAUAACUAGUUACUGACAUUGAAUGUCUGCUUUAUCCUGUUCAGGCCGAAUGAGAAAUUCUCAUUCUUACCUUCACAGGAUAAAGUGGAUAUCCGAUGUCAUUAACUAGUUAUUCUCUAUAUACAGUGAAACCCCUCAAAGCCAAACCCUCAAUAAACUGGAAUUCCUCAAAACCAGAUGUUUAUCACAGUCCCUUUUUAAAUAUCAGGAUAGAACAUUUAUUAACCUGUCUAAACCAGAUUCCACUUUAAACCAGCCUGUUUACUUGGUGUUUUGGGUGUCCAGUUUAGAGGGGUUUCACUGUACAUGUAUAUAAAUCAAAUUAAAAUGGUUUAUGUAGUGGAUGUAUGUUAAAUAUCACAGUUCUUGUUUAAAGGCCUUAAAUAGGUGAUCAUGAAGAUAAAGCAGGUGAAAAAAGUGUCGGGAACAGAAUAAAAAAACAGUUUUAGAAAUUAGGUGAAUAAAAUGUUGCUGUCGGCCAGCAAUAUAUGGCAGGAGCCAUAAAAAGAACCAAGAACCGUGAUAUUUACAUACAUACAGUAUAUCAACUAUAAUUGUUAAUGAAUUGGCAAUCAUUUUAUUAAUAAUCAGUAUUAAUAUCAGUCAUUUAAGCAUUAUUUUAAAAUAUUUACUACCAUUUGUUCUGUUUUAUGUAAUACAUUAUUUACUCAUUUAAUUUCAUGUAUGUUUUAUCCUUUUAAAUUUGUUCUAUAUUUGGUUUUGUAUUUAUGUGUAUUGUCAUCUGUUAAAGAUAAAUUGGUAAUAAAAUAAAGCAGUU